AUGUCCUGCUCGACCUUGGGCGUCGACUCGCCGCCGUCCUCCUCCUCGCGGAUCUCGUCGAGGAUGUGCUGCGGGGCGGCGUCGAACCCGAGCAGGCUCGAGCGCGGCGACAGGGGAAAGCUCGGCGGCGGGUUGGACGGCGACGCGAGGCUGGUGCCGACGCGAGGCGAGCGACCGGGCGAGGGCGAGGGCGACGUGCGGUGCGGGCUCGCGGGCGCGCUCGAGGUCGGGGUGGUGCCCUCGAAGUGGGCGUCGUCGUGCACGGCGCUGCCGCCGAGGCGCGAGGCGAGGUACCGGCACCGAGCCGAGAGCGACGACGACGAGUCGGUUGUGGGCGAGAUGGGCGAGACGACGGGCUGCCAGGACGAGCCGGUGCUGCUUGGCGGGGUGAUGCGCAGGGCAGCCAUGCGUGCUUGGUGGCGGGUGUUGGUGAAGAGCGAGAGAGCGAGAGGGUGA